CGCGUCCCGGGCACCGCCCCGGCCCAGCGCCCCCGGAGCUGCCCCGGGCCGCGGCCAUGGUGCCCGAGGGUUGGCGGGGCCUGGAGGGCCAGGGCAGUGGGGUCCGGUCUUACCUCCUCGGCUGCGAAGACUCCUGCACGUCCAAGGACCUGAGGGCCGGGACCGGGAUGGGGACCGGAACCGGGACCGGGACGGGUUGGAUCCAGGAGCAGGAGUCCUCCAGGCUGACCCGCAUGCCCCACUUCCGCUUCAAGGAAGCUCUGGGGCGGAACCGGCUGCUGUCCUCUCGCCCCCCAUCCGUGUUUCCCCCCUUGCCCUGCCCUGUCCCAUCAUGCCCAGGCCGGGCGGCUGGGCCCCAGCACCUACCAGAUGAAGGAUUUUCUGGAGCUGCGCCGCCAGCGUCCCGGCAGCACCCGCGGCCUCCUGGACUCCGGGGAGCAGAGGUUCCGGGCCUUCGUCGGGAACCACUACCCGGGGCCCGGGAGUUACGGGAAGGGCGGGAACCCGUACACCGAGCUGGAGGAGAAGGCUCGGUGCUCACCCCCGACCCAAGGAAUCAUGUCCAGCAAAACCAAGUCGUCCCGGUCAGCUUUGCUUCUGGGCAGCGGCCUGGGUCCCGGGACCUACAGGCUCCAGAACAGCAUCGACGCACUCCUGAGCCGCACGGUCAGCACGCGAGGACCCUACGACCUCUUCUCCAGAGACCGGGCCAAGCCGAUUCCCUACGGCCACUUCGCCACCCCGAAGAGGAAGCCGAUGGAGCUGGGCCCAGCCCCGCUGCCCAACUUGUUGGCCGACCUCAGCGCCGGUCCCCGGGCCAAGUACGGCACCUUCAGGACCACGAGCCGCAGCCCCCGACGGCCCCCGGAAAGGAUGUUCUGGGCUGCGGCCGGCCAGGGCUCCUGCGUGCCGGAGAGCAUCGGCCCAAGCUCCUACAACCCCCAGCCCAUAGGAAAGAAAGAAUUCUCCAUCGCUCCUCCUUUCGGCUCCUCCGCCAAGCGGGUGGAGCGACACUACCACCAGCUUUUUAUGGGCAACACGGGAACGGAUUACGCCAUCCUGCACCAAGUGGGUGGUCAGAUUCUGCCCCGCCACCCCUUCCUAAGGAGUCAGAAUCCAGGAACUGGAUCGGCCCUGCUGCCCACCGUGGGAGCCAGGACUGAACCGUUGCCCUGCCUCUGACACUGCCCAGUCCGGAUCCGCGCCCCUUUCCGUUCGCCAUCAGCCUAUCUCUCCAGCCCAGGCUGUCCUACCCUGCAGCCUCAGCCCCCGGACCCCUCCCGAGGACGGUCCGCUCAUUGAGUGUCUGGGGGUCACCCACUUUAGGAGUGAUUAAAAUCUGGAGAGAAGCAGGUAAA